CAACCUCACGCCGCAAGGCACAUCUCCACAUCGUGCACCAACCCUCGCCACACGAUGCAGCCACCUGAGCAGCCCCAAACGCGCAUACAACGCGCAUUCUCCCCACUCCCUUUGGAACUCUUCCUCCAAGUCCUGGACCAACUAGUGGGAACUCGCGACGGCCGACAGCAGAUCGCAUAUGCGCCCUCAGAUCCAGCCACAAACGCGCUACGCGCAUUGGCUCUCACCUCGCGGAGCAUAUAUCCUCUAGCUUCACGGUAUCUAUAUGCGCAUUGUCUGUAUCUGCAGAACUGUAUAAACUAUGCGCGCUUCCGGAGAACGCUUGGCCUUAGCCUUGGAUAUCACCCUGAAGCCUUGCCCUACGGGGAAGCUGGACGCAACGAGCAGCUCUUCUGUGAGGCGGACAUAUCGCGGCAUAUCACAUCGCUCUUCGUAUCACCGCAGAAGACAGAACAAUGUGGGAACGCGCCCAUGGUCCGGCUACCUCAGAUCAUCGACCUUUUCACCUCCAUCGGGCCCACGUUGAAACGGCUAGCUAUAGAUCUGCAGCCGGUAUAUACCCCUGGUUCAGAAAUCCGGCUCGUGAAGCCACACAUCGCGAGCAACAACAUCUUCCUCGGCAUGCCGAAGUUAGAAGAACUGGUCUGCAGCUUCGACGUCUCGGACUACUUUCCCUAUCCACCGCCGAACCUCAAGCGCCUGGCGAUGACAUUCCAGGACAUAGAUGACUCGCACCUAACCUUCUGCUUCUCCAUCUCCUCCUUAGAAAUGCUCUUCUUCCUUCGCCCGGAGGGCUUAGACGCCAAGGACAUCAACGAGCUCUUCAGUCGCUACAAGGGCCGGCACUUGGACAUCGGACUUGUCGCCGUCAAUGCAAAUCACAGGACGCCGAAAUAUUCUCGUACUUGGACGGAGGACGAUAGAGUGACUAUCUGGGAGGUUGACGUGCCGACGAGUUACUAUGGGGACGAGGACGAGAUGAUUCUGUGUGAUGGGUGGAUUUGGUCGCAUGGCGUGCAGGGGACGCUUUGGGGACAGGCGAAGAGGAGGAUGACGUGUUGGCGAGAGAUUGAGAGGAGGUUGGCGAGCGAUCAUGUUUCGGAGCAAGCAUGAGGCGCCUUUCAACGACAUUCCAGUGAUGAGAAGGCUCUGCAGGAUGAUUGUGCAUAUCCCUGAUCUUGGAUUGGGACGAUAUAAGGUAUUUGCUUCAUCCUUGGCUUCGGCUCUAUUCCCCUGCAUAGAGUCUGCUUGCGUUCUUAUUCUCUCUAUUCCUAUCUUAUUCUUCAUGUAUCCUUUGAUCCGUCCUCCCGCUCUUCACCUUCCAGAGCUCAUCCUACUUCCCGAACGCAUACCCCUGCGGUCCAAGAACCCCGGCCAAGAACUUACUCUUCAACAACCCCUUCUCCCUAAUCUCCUCCCCAUGCCUCUCCAGCUCCUCCACAUCCCAAUUAACACUCACA